AAAAACAACAUCUCACCUUCUUUCUUCAGUCCAAGUGCUGGAACACGUUUGAGUGACCAUGGAGUACGUUUGCUGUUAUGUAGUUCAGCGUUAAUACGCCGUGAAUAGUUGGAGAGGGGGGGCUUUCGUGAGGAAACGAGAAGCCAGACCCGAGCCAUGGCUUCGCGGGAGGACGGAGAGCCCUCACACGGAAAAACAAGGCACCACGACGGAGCUGGAAGUGUAAACAGCUCAGAGGGCUUCAGGAACGGCUAUGUCAAGAGCUGCGUCACCCCCCUGAAACAGGACCAUCAGAGAGGAUUUUUAUUCGGCGUGUGCCGGUUUUGCAACGAAGACGUCCUCAAUUCCAAAGUGUUAAAGGUCUCUGCCCUAUACGUGGGCGCCUUUGUUGUUUUCGCGGUGUCUUUUCUCAUUUCCAGGAGCUUGCAAAGUGACUCGCCAUGGGAUUUGCGGACUUUUCUGUCGGGCUUCUCCCAGUCCGUGAGCCCUCUGUUCAGCAUAGGAUGCGCUUUCUUCUUUCUGACGUUUUACCUGAGGAGGAAGAAGAAGCAGAGCAGCAAGUCGUGGCUCCUGUCACUGCCAGCAUCGUGCUACCUCGGGGAUUUUCUGGUUUUGCGGUUCCUGCAGUGGGGAGAGGACCAGCACCAGAUGCAAAUGGUGGGCAGGUUGUUAUUCGUGUUGGGAUGUGUGGGUCUGCUCACGCUGAUCCCCACGCUGAAACUCAAACACAGCGUGCUCGUGCUGGUUUUCGCCAGCCUCGUGUGGCUGGUGUCCCUCACAAGUUUGAGCGGUCUGCCCGCACUGCUCAGACCGCUCUUCGCCUGCUUUGCGGGGGUUUCUGGCUCCCUGUUCGGGAUCUGCUUUGACCGCAACUACCAGACGAGGGAAGCACCGAGCGGGGUUUCCAGCACGGAGGAUAAGGUGCCUGUGAUCAGACCGAGGAGACGCUCCAGUUGCGUUUCACUCGGGGAAACAUCGACCAGCUAUUAUGGCAGUUGUAAAAUGCCCCGGAGACCUUCAUUGCCCUGCAUAUCUAGAGAGCAGAUGAUCUUAUGGGACUGGGAUCUGAAACACUGGUACAAACCGCAGUAUCAGGGUUCGGUGAGCGGCAACGGCGUGGAUCUAUCAGUCAUCAACGAAGCUAGAAAUCUGGUGUCAGACCUGCUGAUGGACUCAUCAAUGUCGCCAAACAAUGUUGCUUCUCUGCGAAGCGUUUCCAGCCUUUUGGGGACAUUUUCGGGCUCUUGCAGGCCCAGGGUCAACCCCUUCACUCCCUUUCCAGGUUUCUACUCAGUAGAUACAGAGGAUUCUUUAGAAAGGAGCGACAGGAAAGGCAUAAAGGGUUUGAGCAGCAGAAACAGCCUCCCCACCCCUCAGCCCAGACGGAGCUCAACCUCCUCUACACCUUCUGCUCUGCCUCCUCUCGACCCUGCUGCCUCACGCUGGGAGCGCAACAACGGAAAGAGACCCCACUGUGACCUCAGUUUGACCAGCUCAGGUCUGACCAACGGCCCCAACGCAAACCUGCUCACCAUUCCCAAGCAGAGGUCUUCCUCUGUUACCCUAACAUACCAUGCUGGGCCCAGGAGAGCAGGUGCAUCUCCCAGCCUGAGUCCAGUCACCUCACCAAGCCAUAGUCCUCCAGCAGGUUCCACAUCAUCCCACUCCACCAGACUGCCCGUGGAGUUCCCAGACACCGCAGACUUCCUGACGAAGCCGAGCAUCAAUCUGAACCUGCACAAGCCCCUGGGCCAAACAGUCAGCGCCACUGAUUCUCAACAGGCCUUUCGUAGCUUCCCUCUGUGCACCAGCUGCGGCCGUCAGAUGUUCAAGGGAGUAUCAGGCAGUGACGUAGGGGAGUCUCACCAACCAUUUACCCUUGAGGCUCAGCGCAGGCGCUCAGUAGUUGAAGGGCUGGAGUUCUCAGGUGAGCCUCUCAUCAGGGAGGAGGUGGAAUGUUCUGGAGAUGGGAAGCCAGAUACCGGUGGAGACGAAGGACUGGCAGAGGAGGAGAAGGAGAGCAGCCCAAGCACAGAGCAGCAGACUCAGAAACAGGAGAGUGAACAGGAGUUCAAGUUAGACCCCAUGCUGGAGGAUCACAAGGCCCUCAUGGAAAGGAUGAACACCUGGAACUUCCAGAUCUUCGACCUGGUGGAUAAAACAGGAGGGAAGACCGGACGUAUCCUCAGUUAUGUGACAUACACCCUGUUCCAGGAUAUGUGUCUGUUUGAAAUCUUCAAGAUCCCCAUGAGGGAGUUCAUGUCCUACUUCUGUGCUCUAGAAAGCGGCUACAGAGACAUUCCAUAUCAUAACCGGGUCCAUGCUACUGAUGUGCUCCACGCUGUGUGGUACCUGACCACUCGACCAAUCCCUGGGUUCCAGCAGAUCCACAGUGAGCACGUCACAGGGAGUGACACCGAUUCAGACAGUGGAAUCUCUCCAGGAAGGAUAUCCUACGCCUCGUCCAGGAGCUCCACCGUUUCAGAUGACAGCUACGGCUGCCUGGCCUGGAACAUUCCUGCCCUGGAGCUCAUGGCCCUUUAUGUAGCAGCUGCAAUGCACGACUAUGACCAUCCGGGUCGUACCAAUGCCUUUCUAAUAGCCACUAAUGCACCUCAGGCGGUGCUGUACAAUGACCGCUCAGUACUGGAGAACCACCACGCCGCGUCAGCCUGGAGCCUCUACCUGUCGCAGCCGGAGUACAACUUCCUGUCCAACCUCGACCACGUGGAAUUCAAGCGUUUCCGCUUCCUCGUCAUCGAGGCCAUACUGGCCACAGACCUCAAGAAGCACUUUGACUUCCUGGCUGAGUUUAAUGCCAAGGUGAAUGAUGUGAAUAGUCCGGGAAUCGAUUGGACCAAUGAGAAUGAUAGACUCCUUGUGUGCCAAGUGUGUAUCAAGCUGGCAGACAUCAAUGGACCUGCCAAAGUCCGAGACUUGCACCUCAAAUGGACCGAAGGCAUUGUGAAUGAGUUUUAUGAGCAGGGAGAUGAGGAAGCCCGGUUGGGAUUACCAAUCAGUCCCUUCAUGGACCGCUCCUCCCCGCAUCUGGCCAAGCUCCAGGAGUCCUUCAUCACCCAUAUCGUGGGACCACUGUGCAACUCCUACGAUGCCGCCGGUCUUCUUCCAGGCCAGUGGAUUAAUGAAGCAGAGUCAGAUGAGGAUGAAGACGAGGAGCAGGUGGAAACAGAUGAAGAGGAAGAGGAGGAUGAGCUAGAGGAUGACCUGGCAUCAGGAAGGACGAAAAGUCGCCGCAGGUUGUUCAGCUGCAUCAUGCAGCACCUGACAGAAAACCACAAGGUGUGGAAGAAGAUCAUCGAAGAGGAGGACAAGAGCAAAGAGCUCGGCAAACAGCAGCUGUCGGACAGCUUGCCCGCCUCCUCGUCAGAUGACAUCCAGGUCAUCCAGGAGGAAGAGGAGGGAGAGGAGCGUCAGUAGCAGCGGGACAGAGGGAACGAUAGAAAAAGAAAAGAAGUAGCUGCGGGAGGACACGAGUUCUUCUACCAUUUGCCUUUUACUGAUAGAGACAGCUAAUAAAUGCACAUAAAACAUACUCUACUCUCACUCUCACACACACACACACACACACACACACACACACACACACACACACACACACACACACACACACACACUAAGAAAUUCACUGUGCAGACACUCAAACGCUUAAGCAGUCACAUCUUUUGGAGAAACAAAAAGGCCUUACUACUGUGAGCGGAUCCUUACUGCGACGGUGGGGGGCCCACCCCUAUGCACUUUCACCCCGCAGAGUCGAGUGCACCAGAACUCUGUGUGUGUGUGUGUGUGUGUGUGUGUGUGUGUGUGUGUGUGUGUGUGUGUGUGUGUGUGUGUGUGUGUGUGUGUGUGUGUGUGUGUGUGUGUGUGUGUGUGUGUGGAGAGGGGUGCAGAAGAAGAGUGAGGAUGGGGUCCAGCAUUAACUAUUUUGCCCCUCCAUCGUGAACGAAUUGACUGCGAUGCUGCCUUGAAUGCAAAGCGCUUAAAACGGUAACACCUCCCUUAGGUACAAAAACUGUUUCCUGUUUAUUUAAGACAACAAACGAAAGGUGGAGGAGAUGCCCUGAUAGUGUUCGACAGCCUUUACCAAAGCGAACAGUUCGAGUGUGGACAGACAACGGGGCUGGAAGCGUUUCAGCCUCUGACGUAUUCAUGACGUGCCUGUCGGAGUCCGCGUCGGCCCAAGAGCCUCGGCUCGUGAAGAAGGUUCCUCUCCUUCGCUGGUGACACGAAACACUGUAUCUGACUCAGUCACAGAGACGAUUUUUGAAAUGUCGACUGAUUUAUAGCAUUAUAUCAGCAUCAUUUUGGAUGCUUUUAUUCAUGUGCACCACCAGUCUUUUGAUUUUUUUUUCUCUAACUCUGUUUUUGUUUGAGUGUGUGAAUGUCUUUGGCAGGAAUGUGAGGAGAGAGCGUGAGCAGGGAGAAAGAGAGCACAUUUUAAAACUUUUGUAUGGCGCGCGCGCGCGCGUGUGUGUGUGUGUGUGUGUGUGUGUGUGUGUGUCAUUUUAGUGAUUUUGAAUCAGUUAAAAUGUCCUCUGGUGUUUGAUGUUGCAUUCAGAUCAGGAGUGCUGACUCAGUGAACGGAUUCUUCAUGUUCCUUUUUGACUACGAGUAUUUUUUAAAGGUUACUCAGGACUCACAGAAAAAAGUUGGAUAAUUAGUUUGCAAGAGUUUGACAUUAAUAUAAAAAUACACUUUUACGAUUAUUAAAGGGAAAAAUUGGGGGGGUAGUUUUUAAUGUCUUAGAUGAACAACUUGACUAAAAAUUGAAGCAGCCUGUAAUCCUUACACCGUUUGGGGGAAACAUUUUUACAACCUCUCUGGUGAGCAGAUUUCCGCAACUGUCAGCAGGAUAUGUUCAGAAAUGCACAUCUGACUUUUAUUUUCCUUUUAAGAGUUUUGUCCAAAUCCACAAGCCGGCCAGUGUGAGAAGAAGGGACGCAGGGUUUCAUGUCACUUUGGUUUUAUUUUUAAAGACUUAUAUAUUCUAUUAUGUAUCACGAGGAGGUUACGGCCUAAAAGCUCUCUACUUUUAUCUGUUCAAACUCUUGGCAUUCCAGUAGAAUAAGAUGUUCCCUGAAAGGGAAGGCAGAAGUGUCGCCUACUUCUUUUUAUCUCCUUAUGAAAUCUUAAUCUGUGCUGAAAAUGUUAAGCAAGCAGUGUAAAUCAAGUCAUAUUUAAAGAGAAAAUAGAUAAAGAUGUGCACAUUUUAAUACCAAACGAGUGUUUAGCCACUGUACAAAAGAGUAUGUGCAUAUAAAUAUAUAUAUUUUUGAAAUAAUCAAAUGAAUGCAUCUGUUUUCUACACGCAGUUGACAUGUUGUACAUCCUGUAAUUAGCUUUGUUUUUUCAGAGUGUUUUAUCUCUUUUAUCCAGAUGUGAAAGUGAGUGUGUGUGUGUGUGUGUGUUGGGGGGGGGGGGGGGGGCGUGGCUGUUUUUCCCCAUUCGUUUUCAGCCUCCCCGCCCCUGUUCUGUAUCAUAACCACUCUCGUCUCCUCCAUUGACCCGUUGUAUCACUGUUGAAUCACUCGACCGGGCUAGUGCCAAACCUGCAUCCUGUAAUAUGUGUGUGCUGCUGUGUGGUAAUGUUUCUCCAGCAGCGGUGGCGUGAGUUGGACUCGGGUUAGAGCCACACACAUCCUGACCUACCUGUCAUCAAUUUUCUCUCAUGGGCUCAAGCUGGAUCAUAAAGCCUCCAUAGCUCCUGACUUGACACACAGCGGCUCAUUAAGUUGUAUAUGCCUUCACGGUGUCCUCUGAUGAUUGUGCCAUAAAUACAUCUAUGAACAGUUGUUACCCUUAUGUAGCAUCAGUAUACGUACGUUUGUCUAAUGUAACCAUUCACCCUUGUCUACGGUGUGGGGGGAAAACACGUUUUUGUUGUUAUUUAUAGAUGUCAUAAAACACCAUCCCUAAAAGUAA